AUGGCCGACUCUUUCACCACCGAGGCCUUUACGCUCUUGAGUGUUGGCAUUGUCGUUAUUGCCCUGAGGACCACUGCGCGGAUCACCUCGGUUGGCGUGAGAGGUUUCCACUUAGAUGACUACCUUAUAUUGGUUGCAGCAGUCGUCUAUGGUCUCGAGACCGCCGCCGCAUACAUAGUCGGCGCCUGGUGGUUCGGUCUCGCGAACAAUGGCAUGACGGACGCAGAGCGGAAAGCUCUCGAUCCCAACUCCCACGAGUACUACCUAAGAGUCGGCGGGUCCAAGACUCAACUGGUGGGCUGGAGCUUGUAUACUCUUCUGUUAUGGCUUCUGAAGCUCUGCAUGUGUAUUUUCUAUUCCCGCUUGACUGCCGGGCUGUACCUCACGCGCAUCCGAGCCGGCUACAUCGCCAUCGGCCUCACCUAUUUCGCGACCGAGCUCUCCAUCCUGCUCGGCUGCCGGCCCUUCCAGCGCAACUGGCAAAUCUACCCCGACCCCGGCAACUACUGCCAGCCUGCCAUCUCCAAGAUCGACCUCUACGUCACUGUCGUCCUCAACGUCGUCACCGACAUGUACCUCAUGUCGAUCCCGCUGCCGAUGCUGUGGAAGGCGAACUUGCCGCUGCGCCGCAAGAUCUCGCUGCUCGUCAUCUUCAGCGGGGCCCUCUUCGUCAUGAUGGCUGGUGUUUUGCGCUGUGCGCUCAUCAUCAAGGACCCCAUCAACGGCGCACAAGCCGCGGGCAGCUGGGCCUGCCGCGAGACCUUCGUCGCCGUCGUCAUCGGCAACGUGCCAAUGAUCUACCCGCUCUUCCGCCGCGUCGCGGAGCGUGUCACCACCAACAACAGCCUCCUCUCGCGCUACUACGGAAAGCAGCUCCUCGACGAGGAAAACAACAGCUUCCCGAUGAAGAGCAGCACGGGCCUGCGCCGCGCACGACGCCGCUCGCUGCACCACAUCGGCACGACGCUGAACGAGUCGGCGUGGGAGGAGGAGGCGGACCUCGAGCGUGGCGGUCAUGGUCACGAGAGCAGCGGCGGCCGGUGGGGCGGCGUCGGCGAGAAGUGGCGCCGGCGGAGCAGCUUCAGGGCCGAGAUGGGCAUGCUACCCCGCGUGAUGAGCAUCACGGUGACAAAGGAGGCGGUGGUGCGGACGGAGGAGCGGGCCGAGUCGAGUGCGGGUGGCGGGUUUGGUCAUCAUGGGGAGGAUGGGGAUGGCGGGUCUGAGAAGAGGUUGAAGUUGCGGGAAUCGAUGGAGGGGGAUUAUAGUUGUUCGAUUGAGAGGGGGUGCCCGCUUCCGCUUCCGAAGUGA